CGCGCGCCAAAACAGAGUUUCCCUUUUGGAACGUCGAGACUUUUCCCACCCCCACGACUCCGGGAAACUUUAUACGCGUUUUACGCGAUUGUUUUCCCGCCGUUUGUUGUUUGGGUUUCAUUGGAGUUUCGUGGAUUAUCUUGUAAAGUCCCUCGAGGCAUUCUAAAAGAAAUGGGGAAGAUAAUCAUCUUGAUGCUGAUGCUUUAUAUAAAAGACUCCAGCCAAGCGAACAUCAAGGUGGAUCCAUCCACGUUGCCGACAUUCCUUACGUCAAGCCAAGUGUUUAAAGUCAAGGAUCAGGACCGAGUCGUUUUGCCUUGUGAAGUCACAAACCUCGGUCCAUAUAUUCUAGCCUGGAAACGUGGCAUAGCAGUCCUAUCAGCAGGUUCAGUGAAAGUUUCCCCCGACCCCCGAGUCCAACUAAUAAACGGAUUCAAUCUGGAAAUCCGCGAGGUCGGUCCACAAGAUGCCGGCGACUACGUAUGCCAAAUCGGCACCCUGGAACCCCGUGAAAUCACCCACACUCUGGAAGUAUUAGUUCCUCCCCAAAUAACUUACGUCUCCUCAAACGGUCGGGUUGAAGUAAAAAAGGGAACGUCGGUCAUCCUGGAAUGCAAAGCCGAAGGCAAUCCCGUCCCGAAAAUAACGUGGUCCAGGAAGAAUAACUUGUUGCCCGGAGGGGACCAGACGGUUAUAACUUCGGUCCUUUCCCUGGAUCGGGUAGAUCGGCAUCAUGCCGGUGUUUAUCAAUGCACCGCCAGUAAUGGGAUAGGACAGGAAGCUUCUAAACAGAUCGUGUUACAUGUGUUAUAUCCUCCAGAAAUCUCCGUAGAAAACCCAAUCGUCCACUCAGCAGAAGGAUUCGAAGCUCAACUCGUGUGCAUCGUGCACGGAGAAAACCAACCGGAGGUUUUAUGGUAUCGGGACACGAUGCAACUGGAUACAACAGAACGUCGCAUCAUGGAGUCACGUGGUUCACGGCACACCCUUGUGAUUCGUAAAGUCCAUAGGACGGAUUUUGGGAAUUAUACUUGUGUGGCUGACAAUCCUCUAGGAAAAACCAGGAAGAGUAUCCAGUUAACUGGCAUUCCAAAAGCUGCCACCUUCAAAAGUUCCACUACAGGCAACUACAAGGACAGCUACAACAUAAGCUGGGAAGUAGAAUCCUUAAGUCCCAUAGAAGAAUAUCAGCUUCUCUUCAGAAAAGCUUCUAGUCCUUUUGUUAGUGCCGGAGACGAUCCCCAACCGUUACACCAUCAAGGAACACAAAGAAAAUUUGGGGAAAACCGUACGUAUUCGGCAGUGGGGUACAGUGUGGGUUACGGUAGCAGUUAUCCCUGGUCCGGCAAAAGCUUCCCGGAUUGGAGAAAUGUAAUUUUGCCGGCUUCGAGGGCUUCGAGUAACAACGGGGUGCAGACGAUGAGUUAUGUGAUCCGGGGUCUCGAACCCGGAAAACAAUACGAGGCCAAAGUGCAGGCCCGGAACAAGUUCGGAUGGAGUCCGGUCUCGUCGUUCUUGUUCCAAACUACGGAGAAAGAUUCACCUUUUGCGGACGUGCGACAUUACUACGACAAGCAAAGCCCAAGUCCAAUAGGAAACUUCUUCGGAAUAUCCACCUCAAGCAGUCCAACAAACUACCAGUUAACCAUGGCAGCUUUAACUACUAUCGCACUUAUUAGUCUAAAUAGCUAAGAAAUAAAAUAAGACAUAAAAAUAAUUGCUCUGUACAAAUUAAUUUUCUAAUCGCACACAAUAAUUUCAGAAUCAAACCAUCAAAGAUUUCCAUAAAAUAGGUAUGAGUAUUGAGUUUAUGUGUUUAUGGCUAAAGCGUAUUUUAUGGGGGUCCAAUCAAAUAUAUUUUUUAUGUUUAUGCACCAAUUUUUAUAAAUUUAUUAUGUCCAGUAAUUUAUGUAAAUAAACAAAUAUUUAAACAGAAAAAUGUAAAUUCACAUUAUUCCUUUAUCGCUAUAGGAUGAACUUUAUGUAUGUUAGGUAAAAAAACCGCUUUGGAUAUUUAUAUGGUAUAAUAAAUGUGUCUUUUUUUGUGUUUAGCCAAAUUUCUGAAUAACUAAAAAACAACGUUUGAGUGCUGAAAAGUCUGAAUGUUAAGCUUAUGUAAGUGUAAAUAAGUACGGUUUAGGAGGUGCAGGGACUGAAAAUAUGGCAAAUAAAUAUUAUUUAUUAUUGUA